AUGGACAGCCCAUUCCACUAUUUAGAAUCGGAUCAGGAUCCUCUAGCGAUAGCAGCACAACAUGACUUGAAAACAGCAACGCUUGAUGUGAACAGUUCAACCGGUCGACAAGAAGAGCCACUCUUUACAGCCAAUAUCAUUGCUCUUGGAAAAACAGGAGAUGGUAAAUCCAGCCUAUUAAACGAUAUGCUAGGCUACGACGCAUUCCAUCGUAAGCGUUCUGUGAAAUCGCAAACUGCGCAAAUCGAGCAAGUAUGCGGGUUCUGGAAACCACUUGAGCCACAUUGUCCCAAGAAAACGACUUUUGGAUGCAGCGUCAAAGUGGUCGACACACCAGGUUUUGGAGAUUCGGAGCUUCGUGAUCAAGAAUUUUCGCCUGCAAUACAACAAAAGAUGGUGGAUAUGGCAUCCACGGAUGGUAUUCACUGUAUCUUGAUGGUAUUCAAAGUAUCAACAAGCGAGGACAAUAUCAUGCUGUGCCUCUGCAGGCUCUCCGACAUGCUGGGUUCUUAUGGCGAUUUUUGGAGUAAUGUCAUACUGAUUUUCACGCAUGCCGAUACCAGCACGGUCCAUCUUUAUCGGAGCCAUAAGGUAGCACUCAAGACAAAGGUGGGCCCAAGGAUCAAGGAAUAUUUUAAUCUUGAUCAAGAAAUUCCCAUGGUGUUCCUGAGCACUCAGAAGCAUGUCUGCAGCUAUCUCAAAGGGUCUGCGGACUGUGAUUGUGUAAGCGGAAAUCGCUAUCAUGCGGAUUGUCGAAGGCGAUUUUUUGAACAAGUUUGGCGCAGGCGUAAUAUACCCUUCUUCAUCGAUUUACAUGGAGGGACCCUAGAAAGAACGUCAAAUACAGAAUAA